AUGCCGCCCUCGCUCAAUGGCCUCCCCAAUGAGAUCCUCUACCUAAUACUUGACCACCUCUCCUGCACGCCACCACCAUCGUUCACCCGCAUCCACGCACCCCCGAGUCUCGACAUAACUCGCUCCGCCGUAUGCGACCUGAAAAGCUUUGCGCGCACCUCAUUUCGCUUCGCUGAGCUCAUGAGACCUCUUCUCUUCGCCCACAGCUGCUGUGAUGUCACUCAAGUCGAACAAUUCCUAUCAUUUAUCAAUAAGUUUGAGCUCCAACGAUACGUCUCUUCCAUCGUCGUCACCGCACGCGCCUCCGAUGGCGAAGACCUAGGAGACGAUGCGUCGUGGUGGUGUCGGCUUCUAACUGAACUUAACCCGCUGCGACUCACGUUUCUAGCUGCGCCAACAAUCAUCGGCCAGGCAACAGCAACACAAAUAACCGACGGACACAGCUGGGCCUUUGACAUUCCAUACCAAAUCCUACACUUGGAGCAAGAUCCAAACCCACGUCACCAGCCAAAACCUACCCUUGACGGCACCUGCCCGAGCCUGCUGCACGCAAGAAGUUGGACUUCGAUUUGCUUCAACGAAGCCUCCUCGCUGAAAGCAUACCACCACUAUGAAUACUAUCACCACCGCGUGCCAUCCAUUUUCGAGACGUGGGGGAACCCCAACAAUACGCCAUCACACAUAUACAUCCCCAUCACGCAUAUCCACGACCCACACAAACGCCACUUGCAUCGCGCGUUUGAAAACGUCACGCAUUUCCGCUACACUGCUGUCUUUCCUUUCUACAACCACAUCCGCGUCGUCCUCGACGUCAUGCGCGCGCUAAUGCCGAACCUACAGUCGCUUACCGUCCAGCUAGCGCCGGAUCGGAAUAAUCGCGUGAUUGAGAAUGAGCAGCGCGGCUCGUUGGACCCGAAUGAUCCGUGGAUGGAGGUUGCGCAGAGCUACUCUUUCAUCGCGCAUAUGGUGCGGGAUCUGGCAGCCUCUGGAGGAAACUUGGUGCGUUUUCAGGCCUGUGAUUUUGAUAUCGAGGCGCUGAGGGCGAAUGUGUCGGCGAUUGUGGAGGAAGUGCUCCCAUGGACGGAGUGGAGGCAUGAUGGUCGGGGUAUAUGGACUGUAAUAAAAACAGACGAGAACAAAGGUCAGCUUCAGCCUGGGAAUGACCUGAGCAUCUAA